AUUUACAAAGUCAACAGUUUCUAAUUGAAAUGGGGACCCUACUGCUCCAAAGCAAUGCAUAUCCAAUCUGCCGUUUGUUCAGCCACGGCCGUUAUUUUGAAGAACCCAAUCUCGCAACAGGAGCCGUUGAUCCCAAGCUGAGCAUGAAACGAUUCUGGUGAUUAAUGACGGACGAAGAAACAUGUAGAACAAGAUGAAGAAGAAGAGAGAGUUAAAAUAGUGUGUGUGAUCAAAACAAGACAAAAAUAAGACCAGCACCACAUGAUGCCUUUGAUCAACUUUUUUGUUAAGCAAUCCCAUUUGGAUUAUCAUUUCCUUUGAAGAAAGAGAUCUCUGUUAGAGAGAGAGAGAGAGAGAGAGAGAGAAGAUCUGUAAGGCAGUGUUUGGUGUUUGGCAUUUACUCCUAAACACGCUAUUCCUUUAAUCGAUUCCUAGCAUUCUUUCUCUGUUCAUAAAAUAGGAAACUGUGUUUCUUUCUUUUGCUGAGUGGUAUUUGGACUGAGCUGUCCUUUGGAUCUCUGCUUGGCUUUUGUGCAAUUUACUUCUAAAUCCGGGAUAUUUCUUCGUGUUCUAUCUGCUAAACACAGCUGCUCGAUUUUGGGUAGUUAUAGUUAGAAACUUGAGUAUAAUACUGUAAAUGCCUUUGGUUUAACAGGUCAUUAGGGAGUGUUCUAGAUCUUGAUUUUGGCGACUAUGGCGGGAGAAUUUGAAGAACCCUAUAGCAUUAGCUUUCAGACAGAUUCUUUGCACUCUGGCUCCAUAUCAUUUGGAAGAUUUGAAAGUGAAGAAUUGUCUUGGGAAAGGAGGUCGUCUUUCUCUCACAAUAGAUAUCUUGACGAGGUUGAGAAAUACUCAAAACCAGGUUCAGUUAUUGAGAAGAAAGCUUAUUUUGAAGCCCAUUUCAAGAAAAAGGGUAUGCGGCUACCAGGUUCUUUUGAGGGCCAAAAUGGGAUGGAAUAUCAUAGUGAGAAUGCUGUCUUUGAAAAUGUGGGCCAAAAAGAAGAAGAUGAUAAUGCAAAUGAAAGUAGCAGUUAUCCUCGGUCUGAGGAGAGUGCACAUGACACUCUGGAAUAUACAGAAUUUAAUGAUGAAUAUGCAAGAGGUCAAUUUGAUCAUACAAAUAGUUGCAGCAAAUAUGCUCAUUUCAAUGAGAGCCCUGAAGGUUCAGAAUAUCAUGGAGAAUGUGAGGUGAAGGAAUAUGGAAAAAAAGAUCCUGGUGUUUUAGCUUCUGAAUCUCAGAUGGAAGCUGCUUUGGCCAAUGGUAAUGUUUUGGUAGGAGGUGUCUUUGAAGACAUUAAACCUCAUGUAGCACAGCAAACUGAAACUGGAUAUGACAAUAAUGACAGACAAGAAAUGGGAAUGAAAGGGAACCUUAAUGACAAUACUGCUAAAGUGGACGGGUCAUCUAGGCCUAUUGACCCAUCCCCUGACUCUGGAACAGUUGGUAGUUCUAAAACUACUUCUGUAUAUGAGCAAAAUCUUUCUCCAGAGGUGGGAUCUCCAACUGAAAGUAAAUGUGGCAAGUCUGGAUUGAAGUCUCAGGAUAAUAGCAGUCAAGUCCAGAGAAGCAACCAUAGUGAUGCAUCAAAAACAACUAUGAAGAAGCUAAAUAGGAAGGAAAGAGAGAGUCCACAAAAAAUGAAAUCAGAAAAAAGCUUACCACAAGCCGCCUUUCCAACCAGACAAAUGCAGCUCAGAACUCUGAAAAGAGAGAAAUUGCUCCAUAAUUCUUCUCAGGAUUCUGAAAUUUUUCAUUCAAGAUCAAACCUUGCAAACAAAAGUGACAGAGAACCAAAGAUAAGGAAAAGCACUGAAUCUGAAACGUCUGGAUCAAAGAAAGUUGAACCUAGAGCACGUCAGAGAGCUAAUGGAAUUAAGCAGACUGUUAGCUCAACUAAUUGGGACACUAGGACAAGUACUGCAGCUUUCAGUUUCAGAAGUGACAAAAGAGCAGAAAGGAGGAAAGAGUUCUAUAUGAAGUUGGAAGAAAAAAUGCAUGCGAAGGAGGCUGAGAUGAAUCAUAUUCAAGCAAAAACACAAGAAAAGACAGAGGCUGAGAUUAAACAAUUUCGGAAAAGCCUUAAUUUCAAAGCAACACCGAUGCCUUCUUUCUAUCAUGCUGCUACACAACCGGGCUUCAAUGGAAACAAGGCCAUAUUUUCUAAAGCCAAAGCAGCUAAAAUACAACAGAAGUCAACAACUCCAGCUAGCGGAGCUGCUUCAAGAUCUCAAUUGCUUUCCAAGUCUGGAAAUAACCAUGAUGUCUCAGGUGUCGAAUCUGUAAGAACAGCCAAUCUACCUGAAUCACUGGGGCCAACUGAUUGCCAUGAAAUAGAAAUUUCUGAAGCUGGUGAAACUCUAUCAGUAAACAGCAGCCACCACCCAGAAGCUCUAGUAAAAAGUAGUAGUGCUGGCAAGGAUUCUGAAAAGGUAAAGGAUAGUAAUUUGCAAAGACAGCAUCAGAGAAUGGUUAAAUGUCAAAGGACCAGAGGGUUGAAGGCAAGCCAAAGAAUGGGAAACGGAAGAACUAGCAGUGAGAUGGUGAGGAAAGGUGUUGAGAGUGUUGGAAUAUGCAGCAGUUCUGGAAUGGGUAGUGUAGCGGUUGGUGUGACCUCCUGAACCAAAUUAUGAUAUCGAUUGGCUGAAAGGUGCAAUCUCAUUUGCCUGUGAUGAUUUUUGCAUGCUAGCUGCUGUGUGAAUAGAAGUGCAAAGGGAUCGGUGCCACGAUCAUGUAAUGCCCCGCAUAUGCCACGUGAGCACCACAAAAAUCCCAACGAUCGCAAUUGAUUGAGGAGAUUACAGUUCCCUUGUGCCCUUGCUUAACAAAUGUGCAGGGGAUACUCUACUGCGUAGCUGGAAUAGGUAAAUAAUAAUGGUGGCUUGAUCACCGGGAGUGCUUGAACUUGCAAAUAGUCCUUGCUGGAGUCAUUGUACUGGGAUAGGGUAGCAGUGGGUGUUGGUGUUCGGUAGAAACGGUGACGUAGAGGAAAUUCAUAAAUAUAAAUAGUCAUUGAAAUGAAGCAAUA